AUGUUGAUGGCAGAAGGGCCAGGGGGAGGGCAGAAGGGCCAGGGGGAGGGCAGAAGGGCCAGGGGGAGGGCAGAAGGACCAGGGGGAGGGCAGAAGGACCAGGGGGAGGGCAGAAGGACCAGGGGGAGGGCAGAAGGGCCAGGGGGAGGGCAGAAGGACCAGGGGGAGGGCAGAAGGACCAGGGGGAGGGCAGAAGGACCAGGGGGAGGGCAGAAGGACCAGGGGGAGGGCAGAACGGCCAGGGGGAGGGCAGAAGGGCUAGGGGGAGGGCAGAAGGACCAGGGGGAGGGCAGAAGGGCCAGGGGGAGGGCAGAAGGGCCAGGGGGAGGGCAGAAGGACCAGGGGGAGGGCAGAAGGGCCAGGGGGAGGGCAGAAGGACCAGGGGGAGGGCAGAAGGACCAGGGGGAGGGCAGAAGGGCCAGGGGGAGGGCUGAAGGGCCAGGGGGAGGGCAGAAGGACCAGGGGGAGGGCAGAAGGACCAGGGGGAGGGCAGAAGGACCAGGAGGAGAGCAGAAGGGCCAGGGGGAGGGGGAGGGCAGAAGGGCCAGGGGGAGGGCAGAAGGACCAGGGGGAGGGACUGACUGA